AUGAGCGUCAUUGAAAUAGAAACAUCAAUCUCAACUUCAACAAUAGUUUCUUCUAAUGAUCAUUCAUGUAAAUUAAUACAACAAAUUUCAAUAGCUGCAAAUAUCCCACCAGAAAUUUUUAUAAAAAUAUGUGAAUAUUUGCCACCAGCUGAUCUUUUGAGAUUAACAGGUGUUUGCAAAAGAUUUCAUAAUUUCUUGUGUUCGCCAGAAUCUCCAAUCACACAAGAUAUUUGGAGAAUUUCAAGAAUUCAAUUUCUACCUGGUCUUCAACUACCUCCUCCAAAAGGAAUGUAUGAAGAGGAAUAUGUUCGAUUUGGAAAUUUAUUAGCAAAAUGUCAGUAUUGUUAUACCAGAAAAGCUGUUAAAAUAUAUUGGCAAUUCUUAGUACGAUGUUGUCACGAAUGUUUGAUUAAAAACACUACUGCAAUUUCGUACAGCAAAGACCAUAAUUGGAUGAGUGAUAAUGUUCUUACUGGAUUGGUUUAUGUACGACACAAUAAUCAAGUUCUUUUUUGGACACCAGAUGUCAAAUCAUCAUUCAAAGAAUUUGAAGCAAUUAGUGGUAGUCAUUACAGUGAUUGGGUUGAAAAAAGAAAAGAAAGACGUAUUCGAAUUAUGGACGAUGCUACCCAACCAACAGCAACAGCAUCUACUAGUACGUCUACUGCAUCUACCGCUGCAACCAACACAUCAACAAAUUCACUCGUUCAUUUAAAUACUAUAAGCGCCUUGGCGGCUGAGGUAGGUUAUAGAGAAUUUUCUCUUUCGCCGAUCAGGCAUACAGGAACAAGAUCAACUCUUCCUUCAAAUGCAUCGGCUUUAAAUAUUUUUGGUCGAAUCAAUUCUCUGGAUAUUAUGAUCACGGACUCUCCCUAA